GGGCAGUGAUAGGCAGCACUGAUGAAGUGGCACGGAUAGGCAGCACUGAUGGGCACUGAUGAACAGCAGAAAGAAUGACCUAUACUCAGGGGUGGACUGACAACUCAUGGGGUCCCCGGGCAAUAGGGGAUCAUGGGGCCCCUGUGUCCUUGCCAAAACUAAAAAAAGACUAUGAAAAAGGUACCAGUGGCAUCUCAUGGGGCCCCCUACUGACCUCGGGCCCUCGGGCAGUGCCCGAGUUUCCAAAUGGUCAGUCCGCCCCUGCCUAUACUACACCA